AUGCGCAGCGGUAGCGAGGAUAACAAACGACCGUCGCCGCCGUCCUCCACCUCCGUCGCUGAUCGCCAGCCUGAGCCUGACAGCGACGACCAGAGCGACAAUGACGCGGAUCCGACCUCUCAGACGGCCAAGCGCAAGCGGCCCAUCUCAGUUUCGUGCGAGUUAUGCAAGCAGCGCAAGAAAUGCGAAUACAAGGAACGAAAACCGCCGGGUUUGCGAGCAGGCUUUGGGAGAUUUCUGGAGAAUAGAAGCCGUGAAAUGGAAUUGAGGCUGGACAAAAUGGAAGAGAUUCUGCGAAAACAUUCUGAAUUGCUCCAAACAUCACCGCUGCCAUCGCUCCGUCCAGAAACCUCUGAAUCCGGUGCCCAUGCUGGGCGCCAGAAUCUUGCGAGCGAUCACGAUACUCAAAGCGAGGCCAGCAACAAUCUAGGCUCAUCCAAGCUUUAUCAAGCGUCUCACAUGAACAACAAUUUGUUCUAUAAUUCUCAUCCAAGCAAUGGCCCUUCCGGGCCUGCCUCUACCGAACAGGCCCACAACGAGUACCAGGGCCGAACGCCUUUGCCUGGUGGUUCCAUCUCCGGCCCCGUAUCCGACCUUCCGGCUCAGCAAGGCAUCGCCAUGUCCACGGUUACGCCUACGCCGGGCGCGCCUUUGCCCUCCACCGAUGCCGAUGACUUGCCACCUUACAAUCUAGUGUACAAUCUAGUGGACCUGUACUUUAAACAUAUCAACACUUGGUGUCCAAUACUUCAUCGAAGGACUACGCUAGAUAAUCUAUUCGGAAUCUCCGAUCUUCAAGAGGCAGACAGAAUCCUCCUUCAUGCCAUAGUUGCAACCACUAUGCGGUUCUCCAGCGACCCUAGGCUUACUGAAGAGCGGAGGCAGCAUUAUCACCGCGUCUCAAAGCAGAAAGUCUUACUUUACGGCAUGGAAAACUCAUCUGUCAAGUCGCUUCUGGCUUUGCUCAUACUCGCCCUGGAUCUAUGCGGUAGUAGCAAUGGCCCUCCCGGGUGGAACAUAAUGGCCCUCAUCACUAGGUCGGUGGUGCAACUGGGAUUGGCCGUUGAGACUAAUUCUUUCAGCGUGGCACCUCACUAUACCUCGAUAUACACCCUUCGCGCCAUGAUUCUUCCCGAGCCAAAGGAUUUUAUAGAGGAAGAAUCGCGAAGGAGGAUAUUCUGGAUGAUAUAUCUCCUCGAUAGAUACGCAACCAUUGCUACUGCCUUUGAGUUUGCGUUGGCCGAUACGGAGAUUGACCGAAUGCUUCCUUGUCGUGACGACAUGUGGAUGGAGAACCAAAAAGUAGAAACGCGAUGGUUCGUCACGAGCGCUCAAAAUGUUGACGAAAACCACCAGCAGACACUUGGGAGGCCAGAGAAUCUGGGCGCUUUCGCCUACUACAUUGAAAUCCUCGGAAUUCUUUCCAAGAUCCACAAGUUCUUGAAGCGGCCUGUAGAUAUCGGGAAGCUUACCGAUGUUGAAAAAUGGCAGCUUCAGUACAAGGAGCUUGACAAGGAGCUGACAUCGUGGAAUUUCGCUCUUCCUGGGGAGUUUGGAAAUAUGGGCAAAGUCUUUCAGCCAGGAAGCAGAAAUCUGAACUGUAACUGGAUCAUGCUCCAUGCGACCUACCAUACCGCUGUAAUUCGACUACAUUCCUCGGCGGCCUACCCAACGACUCGAUCAGCCAUCUUCACGCCAUCAUUCAGUGCCGCACAAAGAUGCCACGGCGCUGUCGAGAAUAUAUCUGCACUGGGGGAUUUCGUUGUGAACAAUGGCUUCCUGCCAAAACUAGGCCCGCCAUUUGCCUUCACAAUUUGGGUUGCUGCGCGGGUGCUUCUAGUCCAUGGCUCCACGGUCGAGCAUAAGCUCUCGCCCCAAAUCUCCUUUUUCGUCGACAUUUUGCGCGAGAUGGGACGAUACUGGCCUGUGGCUGCUGGAUACUCUGGGCUGUUACAGCGAGUUCUUGACGAGCAUCGAGACAGCGAAAGACAAGGCAACGGAGUCACGCCUAGCUCAGUCAAAAUCCUAGCCGAUAUGCGUCGGACGGCAUUUGAUCUAGACUUCCUCAUAUCGCGGCAGCCGAGAAAUGGUCCCCAGAGCCACGGACAUUUAGGGGGCAUGACUCCCGCGAAGACGCCAGCACAGAACGAAUUGGAGUAUCUGGACGUUUUCAACUUCUUCAACGUUCCAAGAUUGCCAUUUGGCGGAGAGAACCUCUCUGGAGCCACCGAAGGGCUAAUGCCAAACUCUGACAUGCCUGCGGGAAACGCGAGUCUGGAUCACCCUCAGUACCAGCCAAACGAGUUUAACAUCACCAAUUUCAUGAUUGACGCCAAUAGCGACUGGCUCUUCAAAAAUGAAGGGCCUACCUUUUAA